ACUCAUGUGUAUUGAUCAUGGUGGACUGCGGCAACAUACGCUGCGCACAAGAAAGGCGGGCUUUUAAGAAAGAUUUACUAUCAUGGACCAAAAAAAUCCCAUUAGCAGUAGGUUUGGAAACAAUAGCAAAAGAAUUUGCAAGUAAGGAUGUUAUGGACAAGCUACUUGAGCCAUUUAACAAUUUAGAGCCAGACACCGUCAAAGAUUGGGAACCAGAGACAACCUGCCAUUUCUGCUUUUCAAGGCUAAAAUUCAUGAUUGAAACUGUAGAAAAUGGAAGCUCAACCGAGGAUGAAAGUUGUAACAGAACACGUGAAGACAUUGGUAUCCGUUAUCUACGAGAACUACUUCCAUCAGCAUGUGCUCCUCUGUUUUUCCCAAAUAUAGAGCAAGAAGACAAUCAACCAUUAGAUUUGAGUGCUACAUCCCAGGCUGCUAAAUCACCAGGCAAAUACACAGAAGAAAGUGCUGCAGUAACCAAACCUCCUGUGGAACUCAAGGUGCCCCAGAUCAAGGUUAACACGAGCAGAAAGAAAGAUACUGGGCGGAGAACAUAUACAGAAGAAGAAUUGUCUGCUGCAGUAGAUGACAUACGCAGUGGCAAACUGGGCACACGUCGUGCAGCUUCUCUUUAUGGCAUUCCUAGAUCAACACUCAGGAAUAAGAUAUUCAAACUUGAACACAAUGGGAACCAUGGAAGUACGCAUAGAACAGACCAUUUCCACAGCCCUCCCAAGUCUGGGCACACAACAGACGAAGAAGAAGAGACAUGCACUCUAGAUCCUGAGGAAACUUGGCAACGCAAACUGGAACUUCUGCGACAAAAGCAUAACCUCAAUCGUCAUGUGCUAGAGUGGGAUCAGGCCAAUAAGCUGACAAAUCCCUAUGCUAAUGAACUCAAGUUCCCAUUCUUUCCUGAUUUAGUGCGCAAAAUGGCAGAAGAUAGAAUGCGCUCUGCUUCAGCUAAUCCAGAAUUGUCAUCUGUAUUGAGCAUGCCAGAAACAGGAGCCAAUAAUUCUGCAAAUGUAGAACUUAAAGUUCCGUCCUACAAGCCCAUGUUCACCAAUGGAGAUGGUGAAGAGCCUUAUGGACAUUCCGCCUUGACUUCUGCUGGCAGCAAAAUAGGAGAAACACUCAAAGAUAUCAUAGCCAAGACAAUAUCAGAGAAGCUUCGUUCCCGCCUGGAAUCCUCCUCGUCCUCUCAAGACAUGGAUCCACUAGUGCAAUAUAGGCAGUCACAAGGUGCUUUGACAGAUACCGAUGAAAAUACUCAAGAAAAACUGUCUGAAGGUCCAGUAGCAAAGAAACCCAGGUUGUCCACAAACUCCUCAUCUCACCGUGGAAGCUUGAUGCCUCUUAAGAAAACGCGUCCCAAGCGUGGUCAGUACCGCAAGUAUAACAGCCAGUUGCUAAUGGAGGCUGUACGUGCUGUGCAGCGUGGAGAGAUGAGUGUACAUCGUGCUGGAAGCUACUUUGGUGUUCCUCACUCCACAUUGGAAUACAAGGUAAAAGAGCGUCACUUGCUUCGCCAGAAGAAAAUACAGGAGGCAAAGAGGCAGGCAGCUGCCACAGGGAGUGGAAAUAGCAAAGAUAGUGACUCCGACUCCAGUCCAUCCAAGCGAGCAUCAGAAGUUUUGUCGUCUUUUUCGGCAGCUCCAAGCACAUUCCAGUCUUCAUCUCUUAUGAAUGGUGGAAGUAUGGAGACUUACAAGUACCAUGGCUUCUCAGUCAAUGCUUCAGCAACAGAGUUGCUUAGAAAAUUGCAACAAAAAGUACAAGCCAAGUCCACACAUUUACCCCAGAGUGAAAGCAAGUCCUUCAAGUGAGGUGGUGCUACCACUUGAGCUGCAAUACAUUCAGUAAAGUAUUAUUGUUUGAAUGACACUGAUAUUUUUGAUGACUUUCUGGACUUUCAGAGCACAAAGUUGAUUAUCUGUAUCUGAUGUUAUGCUGUUUUAGAAAGCAUAUGGAUGACAGUGGUGAAAGCUUAUCAGUGUUGCCUUGAAAUGUAUGGUGAUUAAAUAUUUGAAGCAUUCCCUAGUCUGUAUUGGGUAGAAGUCUUGCCAGAGAGUGGGACCAUAUUUAUGCUAUACUUUAGUGGACCUAAAUCCAGUAUGCAUUUUCUACAAUUUGUAGAUUUUACUGCAAUGAAUGAGUAGUUAAGGUUGUAUUGGAUUUUAUUUUUGAGGAAUACAAGAGGGGAAUAUAUAUUUUUUCAGUCUAGUCAAUAUGUCUUAUUCAAACUUUGGAAAUGCUGCAUCUGCUUUUGACCCUGACCCUUGUGUGCUAAGUUGAUAGUCAAAUUUUUUUAAUGGUACCAGACAAAUUGCUGUUGUUGCCAUUAACACUCAUGAAGUGUAUCACCGAGUUGGUGACUGUGCAGUCAACUUUGAAAAAUUUUUACUGUUUGCAAUCUUUAUAUGAAUGAAAUUAAUGUUUUUUUUUUUUAAUGGUACCACAAGUAAGGAUAAACUGCUUUUUAUUUUUAGUCUUUUAUUUUAUUCUGUUUACAAUUAAUAGGUAAUGCAGUAUGGCAUUUCAUGCUAUUGAUAUAAGAAAAGACUAGGAUUCAAGUUGGUGUUUGGAUGUAUAGGUUUAGGUUUUGAAAAGAGGAUGUUGCUUGCAAUUUGAAUCUGCACACUUUUACUAUUAUUAGGAGUGGUAAUAUUUACCCCUAGUUGUUACUAUUUCUAAUUUGUAUAAAGCCUAUUCUCAUCUAUCUUUUCUACCCAUGGAGGGUAAGAUGAGUCAAAUGUUUUAUAUUGUAUUUAUUAUCAUGUCUUAAAAUUCAUUUUUGAGGAUAACCAAAUUUGGUUGAACUGCAUAUUGAUAUAUACUUGUUUACAUGCUUUAUUUUCUUUGGUGUUGUGAAGGUGCUAACUUUUGCUUUAAAUACUAUUUACUGACAUUUCUAUUAUAUAAGUAAAUUGGAUACUUUUUUGUUAAUGUAACUAUGUUGUUUUAUAUGCCAUAUAGCUUAAUAUAGUGAAUGAUCAGAACUCAUUAUUGGACAUCUUCCCAUCUGUGCCCAGCCUCUGAUCAGCAUACAUAGCAAGUGCUAUACGUCUCAAAAUGUUGAGCAGAAAUAUUACUGACCAACUAUAUUUCACUCAUCUGGGAUUUUUUUUCCAUUUUGUUGAUUUGAUCUCAUUUUAUUUUGUUAUGUAUUUCCCCUUAUUCUUACAAUUCUGGAGGGCCCAAAACACUUUUUGUUGUUAUUGUUGUUGUUGUUUUUUCGAUGUAGUUGUAAGCUCUGAUGGUUUAUUUAGACAAAUGAAAGUAAAAGCACCUUGCAGAGUUUUGUACACAGAAUCUCAAAGAUUUGAAGUGUAGUUUGCUUAAGAUGUGGUUAUGUUUAUAAAGUAAGUUAUUAAAUGUCUAUGAUAUUAUUUAUUCAUUCAGACCGGGUCUGAAGUAUAUAGGUUAUAUGUUCAAGUUAAACCCAUUCUGUCCGUCUUACAAAUCUUGCAUUCAGUAACGCAAUCAAUGUGGGUGGAUAUAGAGCACAAUGUUAACAAAUCCCCCAACAUGUAUUAAGUAAAAGGACAGAUUUGAUGUUUAUCAUGUCUCGGUAAAUAAAACUGUCAUUACGACUGAAAAAACAAAAAUUGGGUUCUUAUUUCUGAGAAGUGGAAGCAUGACAACUUUCUACAGUAUGUAAUCCAACAAAAACAAUAUGCUGGUACAAGUUUUUUUUUUUUUUUUUUUUACAUUGUACCCCUGUAAAUAUGUGAACCAUAGGUGAAAAUUCUGCACUGAAAACUUGAAAAAUAAUACAGCUACAGAAACAAUAUGACCCAUUUAAAAGUUGGCAUUGUAUAUUUUAAGCUUAAAAAGCCCAAUUAAUAUACAUUAAAAAGAGAAAUCGCUUAAACAUCCAAAUAUGCGUUAAAAAAUAGAAUUUCUUUUGCUGUAAAAUUCAUUAUAAUUAUGUUCUUGCCUAAAACAUUUUAAAUGUAAAAAAUGUUUAAUGUUGCCAAGGUACUUGGGAUACUAAUACAUGGUGCAAAAGAAAAAAAUCACUGGUUCAUAUGCUAUAAACGUGGACCAGAAGGGAUCCCUUCAAAACUGUUACUCCAAUGAAACUAAACAAGAUUUCUAAAUUCCUGCAAGGGAAAAACCACACUUCUACUUGCUAUUUUACCCAAAAUAUAAAACAUGCUUUUUGUCAUUUUAAC